GUCCACUUAUCUUAAUUCUGUUAUUAUUCUGUGCUUGUUUUUAUUCAUUAUUUCUUCUCUGGUUACCUUUUCAUUGCUCCUUUUUACAGUUUCUAUAGCUAUGCAAGCUAUAAAAUGCGUGGUUGUGGGUGAUGGUGCAGUCGGUAAGACAUGUCUUUUAAUUUCAUACACAACAAAUGCUUUUCCUGGCGAAUAUAUACCAACUGUAUUCGAUAAUUACUCGGCCAAUGUUAUGGUUGAUGGACGUCCGAUCAAUCUAGGCUUAUGGGAUACCGCAGGACAAGAGGAUUACGACAGGUUGCGACCGCUAUCCUAUCCACAGACCGACGUCUUCCUCGUUUGCUUUUCGCUGGUGAAUCCAGCGAGUUUUGAAAACGUGCGCGCAAAAUGGUAUCCUGAAGUUUCGCAUCAUUGUCCUACGACCCCUAUCAUUUUAGUUGGAACGAAAGCAGAUUUGCGUGAUGACAGAGAAACUAUUGAAAGGCUACGUGAACGCAGACUUACUCCAAUCAGCCAAACUCAGGGACUUGUUAUGGCGAAGGAAAUCAAGGCUGUGAAAUAUUUAGAGUGUUCAGCUCUCACUCAACGGGGUUUAAAACAGGUGUUUGACGAAGCUAUUCGUGCUGUGUUGUGUCCCCCACAAAAGCCCAAAAAGAAUAAAUGCACGGUUUUAAAACUUCAGCCCUAUUUGUUAUGCAGUGUUACAGGUGUUGUUCCAUUACUAACAACAAAACAAGAAAUACAAACAGCUAUCGUCUUUCCGAGAAGAACGAAGAAUACACACAGCGGCCGCACCAGCACAUGUCCACUAUGUGCAUAUCAUGUUCGCUCAGGCUGGUCCCAAAAUAGCGAACAAACACUAGCGAAGAUGGUGAAGCAUCUGAGAAGUCAUGAAGGAGAGUUGGAUAGCUCACAAAAAGUUGCUUGUACUCUUUGCUAUAACUUCUUCUCUAAGUCUGAGUUGGAUAAUCAUUACAGAGAAUGUCAUGGUGAACAACCAGAAUUUAUCGAGAGUGACGUACUCUAUUUUACGAACUCUGUACACCGCCAGCAAGGAUUAAUAAAUACAUACACACAGGCUUUGAAAAGAAAUUUGUUAGCUGAUAAGCGUUGUAUACCUGCUGACCUGUUCAGGGGAUAUCCCACCAAAAGAAGCAAUGAGAAUUUUCGUACUUUGUGA